GAAAGAAGAGACCUCAUACACAUUGUUUCCCAUAAUAUCCACACGAAUGUUCAGGUGGUCUAACAACCCUGUGGACGAUCAGGGAUGGAAAUGUCUCUUAUUGCUGCGUGAGAAGCCGAGAGACCUGUUUAUUCCGUGCUUUAUGCUGAUCUGGAGCUGUGUUUUUCAUAUUGAAAGGACUGCUCCAUACCACACCAGUGAACACAGAGAGGACGAAACCACAGAUAGAUCCUGAACAUCCCUCAAGGAACAACUGCGCAACUGUGAGAAGGCAGCCAGUCACUUCACAGCAUUACUCAGCCCAGAGAACUUUUCCAAAGGUUUAACUGUUGGUAACUGAUGAGGCUGAGGUUUGGAAGAUGUUUGCAAGCAUGGGAACAGCUUCAUUCAUUCAUCAAGCUUCAUGAACUGACUCAGGCCGACAGGUGAGAGGCUGUCUAAGCGUGAGGAGGGUUCGACAGGCUCCGAAGAUUUUCUGACAAGCAAGGUGCAUCUGUUGUGUGACAGUGAACACAAGGACGGCUACAUGGAAGAGAAACCUUUCAAGUGUGAACUGUGCGACAAAUCAUUCUCAUGCUCAUCUCACUUCCUGAUCCACCAACGCACUCACACAGGAGAGAAGCCAUUCACAUGUGAGGUGUGCGACAAAUCAUUCUCGCAGUCAUCACAUCUCCACAGACAUCGACGCAUUCACACGGGUGAGAAGCUGUUCAGUUGUGAGAUCUGUGACAAAGCAUUCACCCAGUUGUCCAAUCUCCUGGUCCAUCGGACAAUCCACACAGGGGAGAAGCCCUUCAAAUGUGAGGUUUGUGAUAAAGCUUUCCCAACAUCUACGAGGCUCCUGAUACACCAGAGCAUUCACACAGGAGAGAGUCCCUUCAGGUGUGAGUUGUGCGACCAAGCCUUUACACAGUCAUCAGCAUUGGUGCAACACCGACGUGUGCACACUGGGGAGAAACCAUUCAAGUGUGAGGUGUGUGGCAAAUCGUUCUCACGCUCAUCUCACUUUCGUGCACACCAGCGCAUUCACACCGGGGAGAAACCAUUCAAGUGUGAGGUAUGCAACAAAUCAUUCUCACGCUCGUCAACACUCCGUGAACACCAACGCCUUCACACUGGGGAGAAGCCAUUCAAGUGUGAGGUGUGUAACAAGUGCUUCGCACAGUUAUCAGGCCUGGUGAGUCACCGGCGCAUUCACACAGGGGAGAAGAAAACAUUCACAUGUGAGGUCUGUAAUAAAGAUUUUGAGCAGUUAUGGACAAUGUUGGAUCAUCGUCGCACUCACACCGUGGGUAGCCAAGCCAGGUCUGCGACUGAGUCUUCCCACAGUCAGUAAUGCUCAUAAAGGAAGAGAUGUUUAAACGUGAAAUAUUUCAUCGGAAGUUUGCCAGGCUAUUGUGAUUCAGUUGUGAGCUGUAUGAUCCUUUGUCCAGUCACUGAGUGAUAUUUAUGAAACAUAAAUACAUUCAGACCUGAGGGAACUGUUUACCUGUGAGACAUUUGGCGAGGGCCUGUUGUAUCACCAUCAUGUUCACAGUAGAGAGAAACUAUUCACCUGUGAAAUAUAGGUCAGAAGGUUCACUUGCCAAAGUUCCUGGUCCAUCAGAGGAUCCAUGCAAGAGAAGAAGAUUUACAAUAGAAUUCUGCUGAAGUCUUCAAAUCUUCAGGAACACCAGCUGGUUGCUACUGAAAGCUUUCUCGCCUGUGUCAAUGUUUUUGAGGCAGUUUGCACCCAACUCCCUGUUCUCCUGAAGCACCAGACGAUGCUUACUGGUGGGAAACCGUCUAAGCAGCGCAUCUCCUCAUCCAUUCAAACACUGUCUGGGAGGAAGCUUUUGUGUGAGAUUUCUGCAAUGAGGCACUCACACUUCUGGAACAUCAGCAAAUGCACAGGGAGACAGUGUGUUAUGUACCAGAAUUGUUUCACCUACUGUUCCUUGUUUUUGGCCACAUGCUGACAACUCGACACAAAUUUGAAGCCAGGCCACCUGAUCUGAGAAUUGUCCGUGUUGCUUACCUUCCAGAGCUUACACAGGAGAACUGAUAUUACAAAGCAAUAUUUGUCCCAGCGAUGUGUUCCUUAAAACUCUCCCAACAACAGUCCGAUUGUGUCAGAAUGCCGAUUUAAAUUUUAACCAGAUUGGUAUACGCGACCAAAAGCAGGUAUCAAUACACAAAUAAGCUCCUACAUAAAGUCAGCAUCUUUUCAGUGUAAAUUCAGGACCGAGUCACUCACUGAGUCUCAACCCAGCCAAGAAGGCAUUCAGAUACUCAGUUAUUAGAAAACUUUCAGCUUCUGAUCUACCAGAACAAGCACCUGGGAUGAGCACAAUUCAAUGGGAGUAAUUGGGUACAUGAAUAUGAAGGAUUUGGAGGGAUACGGGCCAAAUGCUGGCAAAUGGGACUCAAUUGACUUAGAAUAUCUGGUUGGCAUUGAUGAAUUGGACCAAAGGGUCUUUUUCCGUGCUGUGCAUCCUUCUGUAUCUAAUUCAUUUAACUUUACGUCUCUGGUCUAUGCAGGUGGAUUAUCAGCCAGGAAUCCUGUUCCUCAUCAGCCAGCCCAACUGGGAAUUCAGGGAAGGGGCAGUUCAUGUCUCGCACUGUUCACUUUCUGGGUCUGCACAUGUUGAAUGGCCCCUCAAACUAAUCAAUGUCGACAGUCUGUGCUGUAACUGAGGAUUGGAGUGAAUCAGCUUGCAGUUGUAGCGCAUUUUACUAUUGUUAAAACUCCUGAAAUAUUCCUUUGAGACACAAUCAAGCAAAGUAACACCGAAACUUAGAACGGGAGGUCAAGGAG